AUGUCGAACAUCACUCAAGCCCCAGUCAUCAUCGACGCCACUGUCCGCAAGGACAUCGCAGCCGUCCACGCUUCGGUCUCUGAGCUCUCUGCAGAGCCAGCCGCCACGAUCACUGAGGUUUCUCGCCCAGCAGCCCCCUUCGUGCCCCUCACCGAAUUCCACCUCUUCCCAAAGCUUCCCAAACAUGUUCGCGUCCAGAUCCUCAUGACCAAUCAGCCAGACCGCGAAUACGUGGACAUCUACUAUGCACGCACGCGCAGAGGCGAGCACGGUCUCGAGUCAGUCUACUACACCACCUGCACCGCCCCGGCCAUAAUGCACCUCAAUCGGGAGCACCGACUUUUGGGUCUCACGAUCUACAGCCUUGAACUUGACACCAUCUUCAUCAACUGGAAGAAGGAGAAGAUCUGUCUCAUGACUCAACACCACAACAUCCCCGCCAUUGACGUACUCCCAGCUCGUGCAGUUGCAAAAGGCUCGAAAUCGAUCUGCAUUGGAAUUGCAACAACAAUCAAGAACCCGUCUGGCUGCGACCCCAUCGAAGAUGCCAAUCCCAUGAACGAGGGCUCGGAUGACGAGAUGUGCUGGGGCCAUGGUAUCCAACAGAUCGAUUCCGUCAUGGAUAGCUUCCCAUUCGCCGAGGGUCUCAAGGAGGUCACCCUCUUCGCGCAUGGCUACUAUAACCGCAUCAACCGCCUAAAGUCUUUGCGCAGCCGGGGACUGGCCCUUGACACCGACAUCUUCAUGAGCCCCUUUGAACAUGACGUUGUAGAUCAAGCCGAUCCAACUCUCACCUACAUCACAAUUGAGGAGCAGAUCAAGAGCUUCGUCGUGAACAAAGGCUGGGAGGUUGAGGAGGAUCCGCUGGGCGUUCAUGCCCUUCAAGAAGAGGGCCUGGUCGUCAAGAAAUUCGUUGACGAGGACGGUCAGCGCACUUUGAAGGGGGCUAUCACUUUGAAGCUGCGCGAUAUCUGGUUUAGGGGCGAGAAAUCGGACGACUGGCCUCUUGCUAGUCCUUCACACAGCGAGGGUGGAUACUGCUGA